UCUCCUGCGUAAAGUUCCGCACUGAGACACAAAAUGGUUCCUGAGCGCGGACACACUGAGGCUUCAGGCCGACAGCUGAGGAGCAUAAACCGGCUCAGUGUGCGCAGCCUCCCGGCGCACAUCUCCAUCUACCAGCGCGCAAUAAUUGAAAUGGCGCGUUUGUCCUCAGGCUGCUGGGGGGGGCAUAAUGCAUGACGAUAGACGUCAUUUGGCUCCAGAGCCAGAGGGAUGGUUGCUCAAAUAUAUCAGCUGUCGGGAGGAAGACGUGGAUCAGCGCGGACAGGACCAGCUCCACACUGAGACCCUGGACCUGAUAUUAAAGCGCAGGAUCCGGUUCACACAGACCAGUUAGGACGCGUUAUUGUAACCUAAUCCUGGCCCCUGGGGGUCUGAAGGGCCCCAGGCAAGCUUCUCUUUCAGCCCUCCUCUCUUAUUCUUUCGGAGGAUCUUUGUGCUCCACACACGCACCGGAGGACGGAGAGGAAGCCCGACCAGGACGUCAGUGAAGACCAACGGGUAUCCUCACAUUUCCAACCCCGGACGGAGCAGACAGCCGCCGGUCUCCAUGUCGUCUGUGUCGGUGUCCUCUCAGCAGUUUAUAGGCUGGUUUAGAGCCGGGACCAACCAGUUCUUCAUCCAAAGAACCGGAACAGGAAAACUGGUUCCUGGGCGGCACCGAAACUUUGCUGGUCAAGUCGAGAUGUUCCGAUACCAGUUUUUCCUCCCCGAUACCUGAACUUCUCGUCCAGUGCCGAGUACCAAUCCAGUACUCCAAUACGUGUUAAAAAACCAGAUAGGAGGGGCGGAGCAUGUCCAGGAUGUCUCUGAGCCGCUCACCUGUGUCCCCGAUGACCACCCAGGGCAUCCCAUCUCCCGCCCAGCUCACCAAGGCCAACGCCCCCGUACACAUCGACGUGGGAGGGCACAUGUACACCAGCAGCCUGGCAACGCUCACCAAAUACCCCGAGUCCAGGAUCAGUCGUCUGUUUAACGGCACCGAGCCCAUCGUGUUGGACAGUCUUAAGCAGCACUACUUUAUCGACAGAGACGGAGACAUCUUCCGCUACAUCCUCAGCUUCCUGCGGACCUGCAAGCUGCUUCUGCCGGAAGACUUCAAGGACUUCCCCCAGCUGUACGAGGAGGCUCGGUACUACCAGCUGACCCCAAUGGUCCGGGAGCUGGAUCGCUGGCAGGCGGAGCAGGAGUCCCAGCGGGCGCCACCAUGCGAGUGUCUGGUGGUUCGGGUCACCCCAGACCUGGGCGAGAGGAUUGCGCUGAGUGGAGAGAAAGUCCUGAUCGAAGAGAUCUUCCCUGAGACCGGAGACGUCAUGUGUAACUCCGUCAACGCCGGCUGGAACCAGGACCCGACCCACGUGAUCCGCUUCCCCCUCAACGGGUACUGCAGGCUCAACUCUGUGCAGGUCCUGGAGCGUCUGUUUCAGAAGGGUUUCACCGUUAAGGCGUCCUGCGGCGGUGGAGUCGACUCGUCCCAGUUCAGCGAGUACGUCCUGUGUCGCGACCUCCGGCACAGCCAGUCCAUCACCAGUACCCCGAUCCGGAUCAAACAGGAACCUCUUGACUGAACAGCACCAUCAGAAAACCACCUGAAGACUUGAAACCUUUACAGGAAAUAUCUCUUUAAGAGACCUUUGACCUCUGCAGACGUAAACCUUCUGUGGGAAGAACCAGAACUGUAAAUAAUAUUUGUAAUAAGAAUCAGUUUGAUAUGAACAGCUUGAUCAAUAUCGUCCUUUGUGUGUACAAAUAAAUAGAAAGGUCUUUUUAUAAGUGUGUACGGAAGCCACAGGGCGCAUAAUUUAAUUCUUUUUAUAAAACUGACAUUUUGAAAAAAUGUAUAUUUAAUGUAUUUGUUAGCUUACUUUGUGUCUAUUUUUCAUUUGUACAGAUGUAUUGAUAAAAAGUGAAAAAGGUC